UUCUGGUUAAAAAAAGAAAAGAUAAUUUUUUCCCUGCUGCCGUUGGAAUUAUAUAUUGAUAAAAUGGCUACAAUUCGUCCUAUGUUUCCGAUGAAUGCAGAAGUUAUCCAGUGGUGUCAAAAUCCAAAAAUCCUUGAAGAACAGUUAGAUGAAGUUCUUCCAGAAAAUUUGCAGGAUAAAGGAAUAUAUCUAUUAGAAAUAUUAAUGCCUGAAGCAGAAUUUCCUGAUAAUGUUCUAAUACUCAACGAUGAUCCUCUAACAUUCUCAUUAACAACUCUACAAUAUCAAUUGAUUAAAGCAGCUUGCCUGGUUAUACGUAAAACGAAUUUGUGCUUGCAAUACAUUGAAAAAUACACUCCAAUAAAUGCUCAGCCGGCACUAUUCCACGCUCUUAUAUAUUAUGGACAAGAUCUUAUUGGCGGAAAUCCACGUAUUGAUCCUGUAAACUUAUUUCAUCGAUGGAUGAUUAGAUCGAAAUACAAAGAUAUAAAUUUCGGUUACGAAUUUGAUCAAAGUGAAAAAUCUACUAAAAUAUUGGAAAAUCUUUAUAAAUCUUUAUCCCAAGAAUAUAUGGGUUCUGUAACGAGUGCUGACCCUUCCAGUCAUUCUAUGUCAAUCGAUAACAUAUUUCAAAGCCAAUUAGCUUAUGAACUAGGUGAAUACUACUUUUCGGUUGACAGAAGGAAAUCUAUCGAAUAUUUCUGUAAAUGUAGACUUGAAAGCAUUUCUGAUAACGAAAAUAUUGGAGAAUAUAAAUCGUUCUGUGAUAUAGAUGAAGCUCGAGCCGAAAAAUCAAUCAGAAUUUUGUUGAAAAUAACGACUAAUAUUUCCUUACAAGAUCAAAUAAAUCAUUUUAUACAACAUGGACAAGAUUACGAAGGUGUUUUCUUAGUUAUGUUCAAAGCACUUAUAGAAAAUACCUUAUUAAAUAUUCCCAGGGAUUUUCGAAACAAUUUGGUUUCCAAAGCAUUCAAUAAAGGUCAAGAGAAAUCUGGUAUUAAGAUUUCUAUAUGUAAUGCUUUAGAACUAUCAGAUUUACCUUUGGAGGAAAUGUUAAAUUCAGUUCCUGAACAGUGUUUUUAUUAUCUCAAGCAUAAUUUUAACGAAAACAUAGUUUAUGAGAUUGCCGAGAUAUUUAAGAAAUUAUAUGGUAAUUUUCCUGGUUCAAAAAUGAGUGAGAAUCAAAGAUCUUUCGUUUCGAGUUUUUUCAAAAAGAUUGAAAAUGAAGAAGUUUUGAGAAUUAUUAAAAAGAUCGAAGGGUUUGAAUUUGUGCAAUAUCCACUAGAACAGUUCUUUGAUAAAAUUUCACAAUUUAAUCUUCGCUAUAAGAAUUACAAAUCCGGAAAUUUGCGAUUAAAUGACGAUACGAUUAUCAAUAACUCUGAUGAUUUCGAUCUUUUACUAGAAGAAUUGAGUUUAAAAAGACCGGAAAAUCAAAAAUUCCAUAAUGAUUCUAUAAGUGAAGUCAAUCUACGUUGGGCGGAAAUUGUAGAUUUAAUAGGUCAAUUACCAGAAAGAAAUUUAAAUGCCGAAAAUUCUGAAAAAGUUGAAAACUUGUGUAUCGAUACUCUCAAGCUACAUGGUAUUAUGGAAUUUCGAAUUUUGGAAAUUAUAUCAUAUAAAUUCAUGGAUUUUUGUCGCUGGCAAUUUCUUAAAAAUUUUUUUAAGAAUAUUAGAAAGUUGAGAUUCAAAGAUGAAUACAAGAGUGAUAAAUUUUCUGGACAUUUUCGAUUUUGUAAAAUUAUUAUUUCAUGUAUUGAAAUCUUGGAGUUAUUUACAAACAUUUCACAAGAUAUAACGAAUAGCUUUGAUGCCACAAUGCAUCAAAAACAAUUUGAUAUAUUAUUUAACAUGAGAUUUAAUGAAAUUAAAAAUAUAAGGGCGAAGGUUAUGAAGUUUUUCAAAACGUUUUUUUCAAGAGGAGUAACUUCGAAGGAAACGGUCUUUGAAGUUAUUUCUAAACUUGUCAAUCAAAAAUGGGUUCAUCAAAUUAUUGGGAGUAUGAUUGCUGGAUAUUUAUGUGGACAACAAUGGAAUCGACGGUUAGAACAGCUUAAUCCUGGAUUAUAUGGACCGUUAACAAUAAUCAUGAUGUCUUCUGAUUGUGCAACGAAACAUUGGCCGGAAAGAUCAUUCGCUAAAUUAGCUGAAGUUUUGAACGAGAAGAUUAAACCGAUUAAAUUUGAUAUCUCAAACGCUUUAAUUCAAUUUUGCAUUGAAUUGAGGAAAAACAACACUCCUAAAUAUAUUUAUGAUCUUCGCUUAGCUGAUUUAUAUCAUUUGCAAGGCCGCGUAUCAAAAACACUUAGAUCUAGUAUGGAUGCUCUUAUUUUACAUUCUUCCUUCUAUAUGAACAUGAAAAAUAUUGACGAAAGGAUUUGGCAAUCAUACGCUAUUCCCCAAAUGAUUCGAUGUUGUCUUUCUAAAAAAGAACUUGCAGCUGCUGUGGUAUUGCAUCAAUUUAUAAAGGAUAAUAUUACUUGGGCAAAAAAAACGUCAUUAGUUACUAUAGCAAUCAAUAAUGAGAUAUUGCAGUCCUCAAUAUUCACUAGAUUUAUAUAUGAAAAAAAAUUAUUGCUAUACAUCGUCAACACAUUACAUAGAAGAGGAGAACUUGCUAAAUGCAGUCAAAUUGUCGAAUGGUUAAAAUCCUCAAUGCAAGAGGAAUCCCCUUCAAUUUCUAAUAAUGCUUAUAUCAUAACUUCAUUUAAUAAUAAGCAUAGGGAGUCUACAUACAAAUCCAAAAAAAAGGUGAUUGGAGUAGAUAUUGAUCCAAAUCACCGUAAAAUUGAAAUUGAAGAAUUAAUAUUUGAAUUUUUGAAAACAUUUAAUUUAUGGAUUGAUCAGGUUGAUCAGUUAAAAGUAAGUGUUAAAUCGUUAUUAUGAAUUUAAUUUACUAAUAUUACUAAAAUUUAAAUUAUACUUAUG